AUGUCUUCUGUGGCGACUCUUGAGCAGAAACUCAAGGCUUUAGAGAGCCUGUCAGCUUGUGAUGUUUCAGAUGCAUUGGUGAAAUUACAAAAAGGACCUGCCGGUAGUCCAGUAAGAGCAGGUCAAUUAGCUGAUAUCAGCCCAAUGUCCCCCUUCAUUGGCCGACAAGCAAACAAAUCCAAGAUAAUCGCACCAGCCGUCACUUUUAAAUUCAUCCCAAAGGGGGAUGCUGCUCCAACAGUUUCAGAUCCUGAAAAGAAUGGGUUUCCUCCUGGGAAACAUUGGGUUGACUGGAACCAGCCAGGCACCAUCGCCGUUCUUGAUCAACCUGCAGAACAGUAUUGUGCUGUUCUUGGUGGAAUCAUGGCAGCAAGAAUGUCAUAUAUUGGAGUCAAAGCUGUUGUGGUUAAUGGCAGGGUAAGAGACUUGGCAGAAUUGAGUGCUUCGGGACUACAUGUAUGGUCAAAAGCAACAUCUACAGUAGGUACCGGAGCUGAGGCCAAAGCCGGCUUGCGAAAUGUCCCCAUUGACUUUAACGGGGUGACCGUUGACACCGGAGAUAUCGUCUUCUGUGACCCGCUAGAAGGGGUCGUGGUGAUACCAAAAGACCUACUCGAUGAUGUUUUGGAGCUGUCUCCAAAGCUCAUAGCUCAGGAUGACAAGGUCAAGGCAGAUGUGGAGAAGGGCAUGUCAGUGUUCGAGGCGAUGAAAAAGUAUCGUAACAUUUUAUAG